AGCCGCAUGUCCCAGGUUUGCCGCGCGUGGCGCGACGCUAUGCGCUACCAUCGGAGACGGCUCGGGCAUCUGCUCCCGUGGUCGCCGGCGCUCCCGCGGCUCCUCCUCCCCGCGCCCUUCUCCGUCCGCUUCCUCGCCAGCAGCGCCCGCGUCGCCUGCGUCCUCAGCGCCUGCCGCGUCCACCACUACCUCGCCAUCGCCCCGCCCGGCUCGCGCUGCUUCGGCUCCCACGACGGCGGCUGGCUCUUCAUCGAGACCCACCGCCCGCGCUCCCACAAGGCCAUCCACGUCCGCGGCCACUUCGUCCGCGGCUUCCCGCGGGAGCUCCAGCGCCGGACCGACCCGUACAUCCACAGGAUGGCCAUCCUCGCCGCCGCGCUCUCCACCAGGCCCGACGAGCCGAACUACGUCGGCGCCGCCAUCGUCAGGUCCUGGCAGCACCCACCCGCAUGCCACGCGCUGGCCGUGCCGCCAUACCGUCGCUGCAUCGCGCUCUGGCGCAGGGGCUGGCGCCGCGCCUACGAUCCCGUGCCCCUUGGCCACGACGCCGCCGCCUUGGAUGCUGAGGACGUCCUCUACCACGACGCGGUCGGAGCCUUCCUCUUCCUCACCCAGGGCGAACACAUCCGCGAGUGCACGCCUGUCCUUCUUCCAGAUAACAAGCUGACGGCACGCUGGGACACGAUCCUCUUCUUCUGUCCCGCUGGGCGCGUCUACGACCAGUACGUCCGCGCUCGCUACCUCGUCGUGUCCCGCGGCGAGCUGCUCAUGGUCGUCAGGUUCACGCCUCAGCCUAAUCAGCCGACGUCCAAGUUCAAGGUGUUCCGGGUGGUUGGACGGAACACCAUGGUGCCCGACGCCUACGCCGACGCCUUCCCCGUGGCUCAGUACCCCUUGGCAUGAAGCGAGCUGCACGCGCUGGAUGGCUGGGUGCUGUUCGUCGGCCAUGGCUGCUCCAGAUCCUACGAGGCGAGACAGUACCCGCCGGACUUCAAGGAGGGCAUCUACUUCCUGGAUGAUGGGGAGUUCUACGACGGGGCAGUCAUCCCCGGCAACCGCAACCAGAGGCGCUACCUCUGCAGCGACAACGGGAAGUGGUCAGAUGGACAUGUCCAGCGCUGCUUCCCGAGGGGAGACCCGUCGGACCACUCUGCUCCAGUUUGGCUUCUCCCUUGAGCUUGAGGCGGCCACCCCGGUUUUCAGCUACCCUAUGAUACUUGAGUUGAUUUGUCUGAGAUCAUGUCGGUUGAUGUCCUGACGAUCUUCUGAUUGCAAUGUUCAGGUAGUUUUCUGAUCGCAGUAUUCAGAGUUAGUUGCUUGUUGCAGUAUUCAGGGUCAGGUAGUUUCUGAAUGAAAUAUUUAGAAUCAAUUAGUUUCUUAUUGCAA